AUGACACUACAUAAAUUACUUAUAUACCUAUUUGUACUUAAAUCGUCAUGUUUACUUAUUUCUGCAAAAGUGUUCAAACAAGGAAUAGACGCUGAUGUUGUUUAUAAAUGGACAAAACUUGAUUUCAAAUGGCUUCACACUGGUGAUAAACAAAAUGCAAUCCGCAAUGGCUCCUUCAUUGUUGAAAACAAUAUUAUAACUGGUAUCAAAGUUUAUUCAGGAAGAAUUUUUGUCACAGUUCCAAGAUGGAGGCCUGGUGUGCCAUCAACCUUGAACGAAGUAAUGAAUUCAAGCCACGAUCGUGCAAUUCUUAAUCCUUUCCCUAGCUGGGACAUGCAAAAGAUUGGGGACUGUGACGCUUUCCAAUAUGUUCAAAGUAUGGAAAUUGACCCAAAUACAGGACAGAUGUGGAUAAUCGAUACCGGAAGUGCCCGUGGUGGGACGACACAAUGCAAUGCGAAAAUUGUAAUUUAUGACCUCAAAUCGAAUUACUUUAUACGGAAACAUUUAUUUCCUGAUAGUGUUGUCUCAAAGGGCACAAAUUUCCUUAAUGAUAUAGUAAUCGAUUAUGUUCAUGGUAAGCCCAAAUUUGCAUAUAUUUCCGACACUGGAAAAGUUCCGAAGAUAGUUGUGUAUGAUUAUGAAAAUGACGAAUCCUACUUUUUCAACCAUAAAUCAAUGUAUCCAGAAAACGGUCACAUGACUAUUAUUUCUAAUGAUGGAAUAGCCAUGUCCCCUGACUUUCAAUAUGUAUAUUAUUGUGCAUUAGCAGAUCUAAAUCUUUACAGAAUCCCAACAAAAGUACUCCGAGAACGAGGCAACUUUUCUCAAUCUUAUCAGUAUGUUGGACGAAAGAGUUCGCCGUCAGACGGAAUGACAUUCAGUCAGAUAGGAUUGUACGUAGGUGCAUUGACCGCAGAUAUGGUUUAUAAAGAAAGCCUCGAAAGUUUACAAGGCGGAAGUAUAAACUUAACCGAGGUUCCACUGUUUUCUCAGCCAAUGGAAACGUUAGAAUGGGUAGAUACUUUUUGCAUUGACGAAGAUGGCAAUUUAUGGUUCGUCGCCAACAGUCUAGUGCGUUUUUUUACAUACACCAUGAGGUUCAAAAAUACUGAAAAUGCAAACAUGCGUAUUUGGAAAGUUAAUAUUGGAGAACAAGGUUAUCUGUGGAGGAACACAAAUAUGGCAUCAAAACAUCAAAUCUAUUAUCAUAUCCUAAUUUUUAUGAUUUUUAUGAUUAAAUUUUCAAUUGUUUCAUAACACUGAUAAUGCAAAAAUUGAUUUUUUUCGACGCACCUAUAGUCUUUUUUGAGUUCAUUCGAUACCCGGCAACUUUUUUCUUUAUGUUUAUACUGUGAACUUAGAUGUCGAACGACUGACAUCUUUACCUUCAUUCGUGUUAUCUCGAUUGAAUGGGAAUUUGUAUUUCAUUUCACAUAUAAAUAUGAACAACGGUUUUCUCUCAUUCUUUACCGAUUUAUACU